AUGUCGUUGUCACUGGACAAGGAUAAUAAUACCGCUGAACCAAGUACUUCGUAUGUUUCGAGUCUUGAAGAACCGUUCGUAGAGUUCGAGUCUUCGGAAUUAAAUCCGAAACCGUCGCCAAAAUUCGACGACGCGUACUUGUUUGUCGUGUUGUGUCCACCCGACGGCGGUCCCUGGGCCAUAUUCACGUGCACACUAGGAUUUCUGGCCCUAUUGAUCUGCGACGGCAUUUGCUUAUCCCUUAUUCUGCUCGACGGUCGCGUCGGAAUGGUCGAAAACUUGCCGCCCGGAACACGCACCUUCGAACACUUGGCCGUAAUCUAUUUGUUCCGCUACUUGACCGAACCGUUUUCAUGUGCAUACAUCAACCUAUAUGGUUUUAGAUAUUGUUUACUUAUUGGCAGUAUAUUAUCUGUCGCAUGGCUCACAUUAUUAUGUCUUAUUGAAAAUACAUUUACGCACGAACAUUACGUUUUGGCCAUCAUUGGUGGUAUUGGAAUGGGGAUGAUUAAAACAUCGUUCUUCGUUUUGCUGUCCACGCUGUUCGUUGUAAAACGCCAUACGGCACAUUUAUCUCUUCAUUUAGGAAGCUUCACUGGCAUGCUGAUAAUCCCAUCUAUUACUGAAUUCAAGUUACUAGUAACGGCAGAUUUGAAAUCAGCAUUGUACGUGAAUUUAGGUAUAAUGUGUUUUACACUGGUAUUCUGGUUGUUUGUGUCAACACCGGUGACGUUAAAGUUGGACAUAGACGAUGACGAAUCUAUUAUCGAUACUACCUCUCCUCCACGAUCAAGAGCCGAGACAAUGGCUUGGAACAUAGAGAACUUCCAUAAUGUGUACACUACUUUAACUGUACAGGACACGAUCGGAGAUCGAAAAUUGUUUACGAGCUUGUUUCUAGCGAGCAUGCCGAUAGUCGUGAAUGCGAAACCACUGAAUUAUUCCGUCCGAAAUUUAAACUAUUCGAAUUGGAUCUAUGAAGAAUAUCGAAACCGGAGGUUAUGCGUCCGAAAUAUCACUAACAUGUUCCGAAACCGUGUAAUAGGCAGUCGGCCGAUGUAUAGAGAUGAUGUACUCUACGACGGAAACAUCUCCUUAUUGUUGAUGGCCAAUAUUAAGAGUAAAAAUAGAAAUAUCGAAUACAAUGAAUACCUGAUGACGAUGACUCGUAUUUAUACCGUGGCUGACGUGGUUGAAGAAAGGAGUAAAUGGUUCAGUUUUAAAUUCCCAAUAGCCAUAAAUCGAGUAUUGAAAUGUAUGUUUAACAUGUCAAUCUGGUUCAACGAACAAUUUCUCUUAAUGGUAGUCAGUGAGGCGUUGAUUCACGCUGCCUGUUUGGUACCAUUCAUGUUCAUUAAAGGUCUUUCGGGUCAGAAGACGUCUGCAGAAGCAGUGAUUACCCUUAUGGCGGGCUGCUUUGGUUUGUUGUAUGGUCGGGGACUCGGUCAUGUGAUGCAUGGAAGGUCACCAGAUCCAGUACCUCUGUAUCAUGUUGGCCUAGUGUUGAUAGCUAAUGGACUAUCGUUGCUCCUAUGCGCCACGACCACCAAUGAUAUUUCCAAUCUAUUGCCGUACUUUGGAUUUUUUGGAAUUACUUUCGGAUAUUACAAGUCGAUUCAAAACGUAGUGCUGUACACUGCUUUUCCAGUUAAGAAAUUUAACAAUGUAUGCGGACAAAUUUCAUUGGUCCGAGGUGUAUCGUCGUUUGCCGGGAUUCUGAUAGCGGUAAAUAUCAUGCGGCCGGAGAACGACGGUCGGCCUGCCACGAGCUGCCAGGGAGUAUACGUUUACGCAGGAAUACUCAUGAUGAUCGGAAGCGUUUGCGUGACCGUGUUGCAGCAAUCGGCCAACGCCAUCAAUGUGCGAUCGCCAUACUACAAAGUAUCAGCUGUACGUCGAUGAAGCUUGUAGUCGGCGUAGUACUCACUCGUGCGUUAUACACUGAACCAGUUAAAAAAAUGUAUAUAUUAUAUACAUUGAAUCUAACCUAACGUUUAAAUACCGACUUAUUGCAUUAUGAUUAUA